AUGUUUUGGGUAAGAUUUUGAUUGUGUCUCGGUCGCAGCCAAAUUUUUUCUCUGUUUUUCUCACACGCUUUACGCCUCACCCAGACCAAACCGUGUGCAUUCGCUUCGGUGUAUAGCGUGAUUAUUUAUGUUUUUCUCCUUAUCAGUUUUUCUCCAUACGUGUGAAGAAUAAGAAAAGGAAUUGAGCCGAAAAACGACUCAUCAUCUUCGUAGCGUGCUCAUUGAUCUCCUUUUCGGGCUCAGUCUAGCGGUGAUGUCCCGGCAUCACUGAAAGACACACAGAAAAACUAAGAGAAACGGUCCCGAACACGAUGAUAACUGAUAAGGAUUCGUCGUCGUCACACGAAGAAGCUCCUCUGCUAGUAACUGAUAGUACGCUUAGUCGCCGAAAAGUUAAGCACGCUGCGCUAGGGUCGUAUCAUUAGUCUUAAGACGUACUCAGCCGGUUGCGGUCGUUUCGGUCUACGGUGGUCUCUCGAUUCUAAUCGACACGCGAAGGAUAAGAUUUUUGGGUAAAGUUAGUGUCACACCAGGAAGAACAGCAAGGACGAGACGCGAUGGAUGAGUUUGCCUUGUGUUGGAAUAAUUUCGCGGACAAUAUUGCCAGUGGUUUCCAGAACCUGUACGAUCGGGGCGAUCUGGUCGAUGUAACGAUCGCCUGUGACCGAAAGCUACUGAAGGCGCACAAGAUCGUGCUGGCCAUCUGCAGUCCGUACUUUCAGGAGAUGUUCAUGUCUAACCCGUGCAAGCAUCCGAUUAUCGUACUAAAGGACGUAUCCGUAAACGUCAUGCAGGAGCUGCUGCAGUUCAUGUACCAAGGAGAGGUAAACGUUAAGCAUACCGAGCUGCAAAGCUUCAUGAAAAUUGCCGAGACGCUUCAGAUAAAGGGACUGACAGCGUCACACAAAAACGAUCGCAGCUCAACUCCUCAAUCCCAACCCGCACCCGCGCAUAGCAACAACAAUAACAACAACAACAACAACCAAAUCGGUAGCUUGAAUCGCCAUGCUCUGAAAGAUCUGGCAAGUGGGCCAUCCACCAGCCAGUUGGAUCCGUCAAAGCUAAACUCAUACCUUGCGGCCGCAGCGAAGGAAAGUCUCAAACGGGCAGCGGAUGGUUCGUUUUCCUCCGCUACCGACCCAUCCUACCCAAUCCACUACCCAAAGAAGGCACUCAAACGUUCCACGGACAGCAUAGACCAGGAGAGCAACUCGGACUGCAUGGAUAAUCUCAGCUCGGACGAGGUCUUCAUCGCAACCUCCCCGCAAAUCUCGAUGAUCGAACAUUCCUCCACGCCGUCGCGACAGUUCGAUCUGUCCACUGUGAAACGCGAGAACGCUAGCGAUUCUUUCUCCUCGCCGCGGCACAGCCCGACGAAUCUGGCUACAUCGGCGGCUGCUAUGGGCGCAUCAGCCGCUGCAGUAGCGGCCGGCAUGAAACUGGGGUUUGCCAGUACUCCGACGCACCACCCCGCCCUGCAUCCAAUGUUCGGGGCCUUCGAGCAUAACAGCAGCAGCUUUAGCGGUAUGGCCAGCAGCCUAGCUGCGUCAAUUGGAGCGGCCAGCGGUAGCGGUAACAACAGUACAGCCGGCGGGGCCAGUGGAAAGGGAUCGAUCGACUAUGCGAACUCUGACUACUCGCAGGACUUUAGUAAGGGGAUUCCCGGACACAUGGACAUACCGGCUGGUCCAAGCGUAACGAUGCUCUCGUCAACCUCGUUGCUCCACAACAGUUGUAUCUUUAACCGAAACAAUACAGUGGCCACUCAGCAGGGCCUUAAGACGUACUGGCUAUGUAAAUCGUACCGCGUUUCGAUGUGCCGUGCGCGCUGCAUAACCCACCACGGCCAGGUGAUUUCAUCCACCGGAGUUCACAAUCACCCCCCGCACAUGAAAGGACCAAAUGAGUUCCCUCAACAGCCAGUUCAGCCUACGCCACCGCCACCACUUCCUCCACCAAACAUUGGUCCGCCACCUCCUCACCAUAGUCAUCUGAAUCACCAUCCGCAGCAUCACAUGAAUGGACCACAGAUUAUAGCAGUUAACGGUGGUUAUGAUCCUAGUCAAAACCCUCGCAUACAACCUCCCAGUUCACUCCACCAAACCAAUCUGAUGGGACCGCCACUGCAAGACCAUCAAUAUCCCCACCACCAACCGCAGCCUCCCUACACAAACGAUUUUCCUCCUAAUCCCCCGCCUCAACAGUCCUACAUUUCCGGAACUCCCAUGCCUCCGCCUGAUAUCUCGCAACCCCAGCCACCGGCUCAGCCUCCAGCGCCCACCGAAAGUAGCAACUUUCAAACGGAUGCCAUCGACAUCAAGCUGACCCAGCUCCAACCGUCGAUGACAAGUAGCUCCACUAGCGGCUGUACUACGGAUACGGUUACUCAAUCUUCCGCUCUGCUUGGUGACACGGUCACUGACAGCAUGCUGUUGCCGCCACCGCCUCAGCCACCCACAGCCACACUAUCCGAUGAUCAAGCGUCUCAGCAACACCAACUGCAACUUAAAACGGAACAACUUUCCUAAGGACAUUCAAUUUAAAAAAAGCGUGAUAUUGACAUACUUAAAUAAAUCGUUUCAAAUCUAACUGCUCUCCUUUAUCUCUACGAUACAACGAUUUUUUACAAAAAAAAAAAAACCUAUUCUCAACAAUUUCCACCUCUUCA